CCGUACGUUUUGACGCACACGGGCAUACGUAUGCGGAACAUCAGUUGUAAACAACAGCGGACAAUCACUACAAUCCUCGUCUGAGCCUAAAAUAAAAUAAAACGGAACAUAGCCAUACCUUGUAGAACGCGGCUCGUUGAAGAUGUUUGGCAGAGGUUGAAGCCAGCUAAUUCCGGUAAGAAGACAUACUUUGGUGUUGUAGGCCCGCAGAAACGACUGUAGCCAACAUGUCUAGGAAGCAAACACCGAAACCUGUACGGAGCAACAAGAAGAGUGAACUAGAACGCAAGAGGGAUGAGCGGGCAGCACGCAGGGCCAUCGUAAAGGACCGCAAGAACAGGCCUCAGGAUGGUGAUGAAGGAGCAGAGUUUGUCAGUUUCUCCAAUCAGCUCCAGGCCCUUGGGCUCAAGCUGAGAGAAGUGCCUGGAGAUGGGAACUGCCUGUUCAGAGCUCUAGGCGACCAGCUAGAGGGUCACUCCAGGGGUCAUCUGCGGCUUCGUCAGGAGACUGUCCAGUAUAUGAUGUCCCAUCGACAAGACUUUGAGCCCUUUGUUGAGGAUGAUGUUCCCUUUGCGCAGCACUUGUCGAACCUCUCUCAGCCCGGUACGUUUGCUGGCAAUGAUGCUAUUGUGGCUUUUGCUCGCAGUCAACAGGUGAAAGUGGUUAUCCAUCAGCUCAACACACCGCUCUGGGAGAUAAAUGGUGCAGAGAAGCAGGCCUGCCGAGAGCUACACAUUGCCUACCGUUAUGGAGAUCAUUAUGACAGUGUGAGGCGGACUGGAGACAACUCUGAGAGUCCUGCUCAGCUCCGCAUAGAGAAUCUGCAGAAUUCACAAGGCCAGCAGCGGGAGUUCGGGGACGGUCAGAGGGACAGACGGAAAAAUCCUUCUCCCACAGCCUCAGAGGAGGACAACGUGAUCCUGAGCUCCAUUAAGAAUCGAGGAAUCCAGGGUGAUGAAGAGAACCUGCUUCAGCUGAGUGCGGCUACCAUCAAUGCUGAAUGGCUUGUCGGCUCUGUGCUGGGCCAGUCCUGCCAGGGCCAGUGUGCCUCAGGAUCCUGCUCAUCCUGCAGAGAUGCUGCUGCAGACUGCAGUGAUCACAAACCACCAGCAGAGGGCAGCAAUGUGCAAAAACCAAAGGUAUCUAACAAGCAGAGGAAGGAGCAGCAACGGCAGGAGAAGAAGAAGCGUCAGGAAGAUAGGCAUCGGCAGAAGUUUCUCCAGAGUAAAGGAAGCCAGGACCAGAACCAGAACCUGCCAGAUACUGUUACUUUAGUACCAGCUCUCAACACUCUCAGUAUAUAGACUGGAGCAUGGCCAAAAUUACCUACUGCUACUCUAGCUACUGGUGGCUGACGCUGUUUUGCACAUAGCCAGAUUUGAUUCAGUCACAGUGGAUGACUUUUCCUAAAGAGAACCCUAUAGUUUCUUUGCAAACAGAUAACGGUGCCUGCAAACUUCUGUGUGUGUGUGUGUGUGUAUGAGAGAUGAGUGAAAGUUGUAAGAGACAGAGAGUGAAAGAGCAUGACCUUCAGUGUUUUUGUUGGGUUUUGAUUGAGGUCGAUCCCUGGUUGGUGUCGGUGUACGCAGAAACUCCUCACAUCUGGUCUACCUACCACGCUUCCUUUCUAUGCUGGACAUUUGGCUUUUCAUGACAACCAUGCAGAUAAUCUCGUGCAGCAGGGCUUUUUUGAUUUGCCACAGAUUGAGUUUAUUCAGAUCGUUACACUUGUUCAAUCUGAGCAAAGGAGGAAGUAAAGGGAGAGCAGCAGAUGAAUGAUUGUUAUGCACAAUGUGUAAGGAAUGUGGCAAUAAACAAUAAUAAAUGAUAAUUUACUCAUUUUGUUCACCAGAUAAUAUAUUAGAUAUUAUCCAGGGUGACAUGUUUUUGUGUUUUUUAAAUUAGAGGUACAUUAGUCGAAGUACAUUUUCAUCUUGCUACAUGUUUACU